UACUUAGAGUUGAGUGAAAUAGAAAUAGUUUUUUUUGUCAUUAAUUUAAUAAAAAGAAAGGGAUUGUCGUGCUAAGACAUAAUGUUACAAAAUUUUACUGGGUGUAACUGACCCCCCAAUUGAUUACAUGGGUCCGCCCCUGAUAGCGAGAGCAGAUUUGCCGACGAUUUCCAUGUGCGAUAAACAUAUGGUCUCGCCUUCUUCUCGUGAAGUCCUUUAAAGCCAAGCAAAAUCGUUUCUAGAUCAAUCACAUACAUUUCUAUACUUCAUCUUUGUUUGGGCACACUGAGAAAAAGAAAAUGGCAUCUCACGCAGUUUCUAGCGGACAAAAACCACACGCAGUUUUCAUGCCUUUUCCGGGUCAAGGCCACAUCAACCCGAUGCUGAAAGUGGCUAAACUCCUCCACGCCAAAGGCUUCCACAUCACCUUUGUAAACAACAUCUACAACCAAAACCGCCUACUUCGGUCCCGUGGGCAAAACUCCCUCGACGGCCUUCCUUCCUUCCAGUUCGAGGCCAUCCCUGACGGUCUACUAGAGACCGAUGGUGAUUCGAUGCAGGACGUCCCUACCCUUUGCGCGGCCACCAUGAAGAACUGUCUAGCUCCGUUCAAGGAACUUCUCAGUAGGAUCAACGCCCGAGAUGAUGUUCCGCCUGUGAGCUGCAUUGUAUCGGACGGUAUGACGACUUUUACACUAGACGCUUCGGAGGAGCUCGGUGUCCCAAAUGUUGUUUUCUGGACCACAAGUGCUUGUGGCUUCUUGGGCUAUGUAUACUUCUAUAGUUUCAUCGAGAAGGGGUUAUCACCACUGAAAGAUGAGAGUUACUUAGACACAGAAAUAGAUUGGAUUCCAUCUAUGAGGAACAUAAGGCUUAAAGACAUUCCGAGCUUCAUCCGUGCGACUGAUCCUGACGACAUAAUGCUCAACUUUUUUAUCCGUGAGACCGACCGAGUCAAACGCGCUUCAGCUAUCAUCCUCAACACGUUCGAUGAUCUUGAGCAUGACACCAUCCAAGCUUUGGAAUCUAUUCUACCUCCGGUUUACUCUAUUGGACCGCUCCAUCUACGAGUGAAUCGGGAUAUCGUUGAGGAUAGCGAGAUCGGACGGUUGGGAACGAAUCUAUGGAUAGAGGAUACAAAGUGUUUGGAUUGGCUCGACACUAAGCCACGAGACAGCGUGCUUUAUGUUAACUUCGGUAGCUUAACAGUGAUGAGCGCGAAACAACUCGAAGAGUUUGCUUGGGGUUUAGCGGCAACAGGGAAAGAUUUCUUGUGGGUAAUAAGGCCGGAUGUAGUAGUUGGUGACGUGGCGAUGGUUCCGCCAGAGUUCUUAACGGAGACGGCAGACCGGAGGAUGAUAGCAUCUUGGUGUCCUCAAGAGACAGUUCUUGCUCAUCCGGCCAUCGGAGGGUUCUUAACACACAGUGGAUGGAACUCGACUCUGGAGAGUCUCUGCGGCGGAGUUCCGAUGGUUUGUUGGCCGUUCUUUGCGGAGCAGCAAACGAACUGUAAAUACUGUUGCGACGAGUGGGAGGUUGGGAUGGAGAUUGGCGGAGAUGUGAAGAGAGAGGAGGUUGAGGCGGUGGUUAGAGAGCUAAUGGAUGGAGAGAAAGGGAGGAAAAUGAGAGAGAAGGCGCAAGAGUGGCGGCACUUGGCGGAGAAAGCGACGGAGCAAAUGCAUGGUUCGUCGGAACAAAAUUUUCAGAUGGUUGUUGACAAAAUUCUCUUAGGGCAGCAGGAAACGACUGGGAAGGCUAUAAUCUAGUUUAAUUAUAAGAUGGUUAUAAAAAUGUGUUAUGUAUUAAUUUGAUAUCCUAAACUAAUAAAUGUCCGAGUGACAACGGAUCGAUUUUUAGAGCAUUCUCGUUAAAGGUAUCUUAAUGAGGUUUUUUUUUUUUUUUUUUGAAUGAAUGUCAAAUUUAUUCAAUAAAAAAGCCUUUGUAUAUCGAGUGUUACAUAAUUUGAGAGUUUGUUUUCAAACUUUUAGAACAUGAGCAA